CCUACCCCCUCCCCCCUCUCCACCUCAUCCACCACUCCGCUUGAACGCCCAACCCUCAUCCUCCAACUACCACCCCUCCAUCAAUCGCGACGCAACCCGCCAACACCACAUCCCCCCCCCAACACCCCGUCGCACCCCCCGAGGCAGCUCCGUCAUCAUGCAUGUCGCAGCCCUCCUCGGGGCGGCCCUCGCUCUCCCACACGUCGCAGCCACCAUCUUCACUCCUCAGUGGUCCAGCUGUCUCGGCGCAUACCAACCUGUCGCUCAACCUCAGAACGAACUACAGGUGCAGAAUGUUCUGGCCACUAUAGUUCCCGGGUCCCAGGCCGCUCGCCAGAAUCUCGUAGGUGAUAACGACGACGUCCUCCGCAUCGACGUCCUGGGUGUCGUCAGCUCCAACCUCGUGGGAUACAACGACACGAGCGGCAAGCUCGCGACACUCUUCACAAAGACAACCGAGGCCGGCAUUAUGCAAUACACGUCCAUGUCUUAUCUUUGCAACUCGCUUUGGCCGGCAAACUCGUCAGCGCCGCGCGACAACGUGAACAACUACUGCACUUUGGGUGUCGGCUUCCCCGCCGGGCUCUAUGGCCUCAACGUCUCGGUUCCCCUCUACAACGUUCACGCUCUCACCACCUUGCACACCGAGAUUCAUGUCGUCGAUGCGAGCGACCCAGCACUCUCCAUCCUUUGCCUCGACAUCAGUCUCGUGCCGUACGAACAGGACUCGUGGCCCUACAAGGUCUUCCUGUGGGUGCCCGCGGCCAUCGCAAUCGCCUACUUGAUCGUCACUUGGGCCGCGCGAUUCGCUGCCGGCUGGGUGAUCGGGCUGGACCGGAGCGACCAGGCCCAGCGCGAAGCUCACAUGCUCAAGUGGGGCACAAUGCUUAUUUCGGGACUGAGUGGAGAGCGUCUGGGAGCCAGUGCUGCAUUGCUUCGUUUUGUUACCCCUAGUCUGCGCGACAUCAUUCAUCACAUUCAGUUUGUCACCAUGCUCGGCAUGAUCACUGUCAGGUGGCCAGGGUUCUUCUACGCCAUUGUCACGCAGAGUGCGUGGGCCAAUUUGGUCUGGAAUGUCUCCAUCGUCUCGAAUGACCACCCUUCCGUCUACCCCGCCAAUUGGUCCGCUCCCGACCAGAUGAAGAGCGCAGUCGUCGAUCCGCAGCAUGCGCUGUACCUGAAUGAAUCGGCCAGCCCCCGAGCUCUGGACCUCGACUCGACGCCGGACGGCAUGUUGUCGUGGGCGCGCAUGGUCGGCUUGCGGCCCCAGGACCUCUUCGGCACCUGCCUCACCCUCUUCCUCAUGUUGGCCGCGGUCAUAGUCGUGUUCAGUUUGCUCAUGUGGCUCAUCCACUGGCUUACCGAGGCGUUCGGCCCGGAGCGCACGAAGAGAGUGACAACUCGCAGCAAGCACGUUCCGCGCCACAGCUCCGGCGCUCUAAGCGCGACAACCAUGGGCAGCAAGGAGUGGAACCAGUCUGCAGACUUUACCACGCAGCCCGUCGGCGUGCCGCUGCGACAGGCCGCCCAAGCCAUCCCCACCGUGCCCUCGCGCUGGCACCGCACCCGCAAGCGCUUCAUGCCCCGUGGCGAGGCCGGCGCAUUCCACUUCUCGGCGCUCUACGGCAACCUCCUCCGCCUGAUAAUCACGUUCCACUUCCCCGUCACGGCUUUCUCAGUGUACCAGCUCACUCUCAAGGAAGCAUCGAUCGUUUCCAAAGUGUUUGCAGCUCUCGCGUUUGUGUUCAUCUCGGUCCUCAUUCCCACGUUCAUUAUGUUCAAGAUCUCACGCACGCCCACCGGCAAGCUCUACGACGCGGCGCGCACGCUGCUCGCCCUCGGCACCGUGUACAACGUCUACGAGCCCGAGAAGCAGCUGUACAGAACUCUUCCGUUGUUCGGCAGUCUUGCGAGUGGCAUAGUAAUCGGUGCUGGGCAGAGCAGCGGUUUGGCCCAGACCAUCGUGUUGGUCGUUGUGGAGCUGGCGUCGUUCAUCACGACCACGUUCUGGAGCCCUUGGGGGCAGGGAGCGAGCAUGGGCGCCUACGUCUUCUUCGUUUCGGUAGUGCGCAUCGCCUCGAUCGUCUUGACCAUGGUCAUGUCCAAGGAGGUCAACGCCGGCGGAACGCCGGGGCAGUGGAUCACCUAUGUGAUCCUGCUCAUUCAGGCGAUUGUGUUCAUAUUCCUCCUGCUCAUGGUUCUGACCAAGAUCGUUGAGGGAUUGAUCCGCCUCUUUGGUCGCUCACCGUUCGAUGAGUCAAACCACCCAAUCGAUGGCGGCAUCUUUGCAGCAAUCAUGGACCUCGACUGCCUCAACGGUGUACGCGGUGGCAAGGCGGCGGCCCGUCGCCGUAGGAAGCGGGACUCGCGGCUGCUUCAGCAGAACGUAUCCGUGGCCGGUUCCCUGACCACCCAGAUGAUGCUUGACAGGCACUCGCAGGGCGUUGAGCGCAUGAGCUACCCUCUGCUCGACUCGGACCACGGUCACGGUGGUGGUGGCCUCCGCGGUUCGUACUUCCCCGUCAGCAAUCCCGGAAUCUCGCCGGUCAACGAGUUUGGCGGUCGCCGCUCGGUGUCGGACCAGGGAAGCAUGCUCACGAUCUCGGACGAGAACCGGUUGACUGAACCGUGGAGACCGAUGAACUACUACGGUGACGCACAGCCGCUCGCCUCACCGAGCGCUGGCACGACGCCGUUGGGCUCGCCCCGCCUCUCUGGUGGCUACUAUAGUGGCCCUGCGCCGUCGAUACGUGUCACCAAGUCGGAUGACCAGCACUACAUGCCUAGACAUAGCCGCGCAUACUCGUCGUCGGCGAUAAUGGAGGAGUUGUCGUCGCCUAACGUGCAGCCGACGGCCUCGCCGCCCAUGCGCUCGUCUUCCACUUCGCCUGGCAUCAGCCCUGCCGUCAUGCCUGGGCCAGUAUAUCCACCGACCGCCGGCGCACGCGCCGAUCGCGCGGGCGGUAGACCCCCUCCUCUGACCAUUCCGCGUCGCCGGUCGCUCAACAAUAUAUCAAUUGAAGCGGAGGAGCAGAGCCGCCAGAACAAGCGGCGCUCCUGGUCCAGCGGGAACUGGUUCUCCAAGUCGAACAGCGGAGUAAAUGUCGCUGAGGACUCUGGAUCGGACGAUGAGCCCGGUCCACCCCGGACUCGUCGCCGUGCUCGCCCCGCUGCCCGUGGCGAUGUGGAAGCGGCGUACGACCCGCCUCCCCCGUCGCGCGGCUGGAAGGCGCUGUUCAGCCGCAAGGGCCGAGCGAUGGACGAGCAAGAGCGAACGGAGAACUCGGUGCGCAAGGCCGUGGCAAUGAACGUCUCCGGCGCACUGCUCGCAGGUGUCGACGCGCCGCCACCGCCACCUGGGCCCUCGACCUUCAAGGUGCAGCGCAAGCUCAUGGCACCGCCGCGCCCUCCGCGCCCCGACAGCGGAGAGAUCAACUCGUCGUCGCUGCUGGCAGCGCCUCCACGCAGCUUCAAGGUCCGCCGCAAGGGCGAGGGCCCGGAGCGCCUCCCCACCCCGGCGGGCUCGAGCAUGUCCCACCUCAUCAAGGAGGAAGACGAGGAGCUCAUCGCAUCAGGUCCGCCCUCGUCAUACCACGAUGCGCGGCAGCAGCCGCUGCAGCACAGCGCAACGUCACUCGGCUCGAGCGACCCGUUGCACAACGGCGGCGCGCGGCGCUUGAGCCAAGGCCCUUCGCCCGCCGCAACCCCUGUGCCGGGCGUCACUGAACGCCCACCUCGCCCAGUAAGCCAGGACAGUCUAGGCUACUCGGCCGCCAUGUUUGUCCCCCUCAACGACCGGAGUUGAAUGGACUGAGCGGACGUUAUAUCAUGAAAAUGCGCGUAUAUAAUACAUCCCCGCGCUAUAUCUGCACCCACACUCCUUGCAUUGUAUCGUACCUGUGCCGCAUAUGCAUCAUGUUGACUCAG